AUGGAGCACCUACACUACCACGCGGCGGCGUCCAAGUCGGCAAAGUCGGCCAUGGCCGUGCUGUCGGGCCCCACGCGCUCGUUCUCGGGCUGGGCCAUGGUCCGUCUGGGCAAGCUGUCGCGCGCCGUGCGCCGCUUCGUCAUCCUGCGCUCGUCCAACCUCGUCGUGUGCGCCACGGACAACCCGCGCUCCGCCCUCGUCUCGUUCCCGGUCACCGGCGCCUCGCUCACCCUCACCUCGGCCCGCUUCGAGUGCUACAUACGCGCCCCGGCCCACCGCGCCUGGAUCCAGUGGGCCUCCGAGUCGGACCUGCGCGUCUGUCGCCAGGCUUUUGAGUACGCCAAUCGAAGGGUCGACGACUAUUAUAGGCUCGUUACACACAAGCAGCUGGGGAAAGGAAGGAGCUCAGAGGUCGUCUUCGCCUUUGAUACCUCGAGUGGCGAUCAUGCCGCUGUUAAGAUUAUGAAUAAGGACAAGGCUCGCUCUACCGACCGCGAGUUUGCGGAGAAGGAGGUCAUCAUUCGCAUGACCAUUCAGCAUCCAUGUAUCGUUCAAACCUUGAACAUUUUCGAGUCUCCGUUUGAUCUUUUCGUCGUCAUGGAGCUCAUGAGUGGCGGCCCGCUUGACCGCCGCCUAAUUAAGAAGAACGCCCCACUCUCGGAACCUCAGGCCCGAAUGAUAAUGCGCAGGUUGUUCGACGCUCUCUCGCAUCUCCACCGCCGCGGCAUUGCUCACCGCAACGUCAAGCCGCAGAACAUUUUCCUCGAUGUCGCCGAUGACUCCCACUGGCCCGAGACCGCAAAGCUCUCAGACUUCAGCUUGGCCUGCGUUUUGGAUGAUCCCGACUCGGCACGACAAAUCGUCGGCACCCCGGAGUACCUCGCCCCGGAGGCCUCCAUCAUGACUAGAACCCGCCAGGGAGACCGCGAGGUCGUCUUUGGCACCGAGAUCGACAUGUGGGCUGCCGGUGUCACCUUGUACAACAUUCUCAGCCUCGAGCUCCCGUUUGAAGGCGACUACCCUCCCGACGUUUUUAAACAGGCCCGAGCUGCCAGGCUCCACUUUUCAAAACGCGGCUUUGGCCAGGUCUCACAAUCUGCCAUCUCCCUCAUCCGCAGUUUGCUCAAUCCUGAUCGUAGGAAGCGUCCCACCGCAGAAACCGUCAUGUUCCACCCAUGGUUCCAAGAGCCCCGCCUGCUGCUGCAAGGCACAGACCACCUCGAAACUGCCACCAAAUCAAUUUCCCUAUCCAACAACUUUGGCGCCAUGAGCGACAGCCUUGUUCGAUUUCGUGCAUCCGUGCUGGCGGUCCGCCUCAUUCAUCGCUUCAUAACCCACACCCCCGGAAUCUCUCUGGAGCCCUCGCGGAUCGAGAAGCGCUUUCAUUUUGGGGUCAGCGGCGUCAACAUUGCCCCACUCCCCUAUACAGUAGAUGUUAAAAAAGACGCCAUGAACCCGCGCCACUCGGCCACAGUUUUCUCCAGGAUCAGCACGGGGUCAACGGUCAAGUCAAGAUCGAGCACGACGGAAGACACCCCCGUCGUCCCAUCGUUCCCAACCUCCGUGUCCGUGGACACUCGCCCAGCCAGUACCAUGCGCAUGGACCGCACUAACGACUACUUCUCACGCACCAAUUCUCGCACCACGAGGCAGUCGAGCUUCGGCUCUGGCAGCGUCACGGGCGUACACAGACUAAUAUCAGGGAAAAUUCAUCAGUUAGGUUCGCAUUCCCCGUCACCACAGGAACACCACAACGAGAUUCCCGCAAAAAGCAGCCCCUGGCGGUGGCGCAGGCGUAGCACGCGAGGGUCUCGUUCGAAUCUUUAAGCGCAAACAAGUAUGGAAGAAGAAAUGAAGAUGUUGUAUACAGCCACAAUAGCAAAAGGUUUUUCUUGAUGAUAAAGAGAAAAAGAGUACAUAAAUGCAUUCUCACCUCGUAUGUGUAGAAUUUUUUUGACGGAAA